CGCUCAGUCAUCCAUUUCUCAAGGCACAGUCCAGUUGUCCGUUUUCGUCUCCCUGCCUUUCUCUUUUGUUUCAAACGUCUUCUAGUGUUGUUGAACAGUCCCUCUGACCUACCUUUGUUAGUCGUGCAUUAUCCUUUCUAGUCAUUGUUACUCUUUCUCUCAACUACUAAUCAGUCUGUAGUGGCUACAACGCUCUCUCAGAGAGUAACAAGUUCAGCACAACGCUCUCUCAAUGAAUAACAAGUUCUGCACAACGCUCUCUCAGUGAAUAACAAGUUCAGCAUAACGCUCUCUCAGUGAAUAACAAGUUCAGCAUAACGCUCUCCUUAUCUCAACGACCUACUUAUUCCAGUCAGCCCACUCAGCCAACGUUUGAAGAAGAUCUUUAAAGGAACGGACAACUCUCUCAACAUGUCCAGUCAAGAAGUAGAUGGGUUUGCUCGGGAGGUACGGCGACGGGGUGCCACACUGGAAAGUCUUCAGGCUGCUGUGCCUCCUGAGCAGCCGCAAUUGUCCUCCACAUCACGUAAAGUGACAUGGAAACCAUCACCAUCAUUCUCAUCAUGGACACGCUGCUACUCAAUGGGAACAAUGCUCAUUCUUGUGAUCUGCUUGGAGGGUCAUCAUCUUCGUGAAGAAAUCCUCUACACUAUUGUACACUACAUAUUUAGUGUACAUAGUGUAGAGAUGGAUGAGCAAGACGAAACUCAAUUCAACAUGACACCACUGCACUGGUGUGCAGUGCAUGGAAAUGAUCGACUAGCAAAUAUUCUCAUCGGACGUGGAGCUGAUGUCAAUGUGCAGGACAGCGUGGACCGAUGGACUCCACUUCACUAUGCUGCCCGCUGGAACAAGAUCAACGUUGUCAAGGUGAUGCUGUCACAUGACAGUGACGGUGUCACCUUGGAUACCACACUGCGUGACGAUGAAGGGAGAACAGCGUUGGACCUAGCCAGGAAACACGAUCAUGAGGGAUGUGUGCAGUUGCUGGUGGAUCACGAGAGUGCGAAGGUAUGUACAGUAGACUUGACUGUGAGUGACUGAAUUUUAGGGUUCACGGCUUGCCACUAAAAGCACCCGUCACGUGCGCCUCCAUUUUGGAUUAUGGACGCGCGCUACAGGCCGCGACAGCGCCUAUCGAAGUAAAAAAUAUCAACUCUAAGUCUAGCCGGAGAGCGUACUUUUUGAAUUUUUCCUUGGCUUCAGAGUUCAGUGGCUUCACUUCACUCGGGCUUUGCAUUUUUGCUUUGGUUUUUCUGACUGACCUGGACUUGAUGAUGGCGGCGGUGGCGGUCUUGGCGAAAGAUCCAGUUCCAUCUGAGACACUCUGUCGUCUUUUCUUAUCUGCUGAGGUUCUGGCAAAGCGCAGCUGCAUCGAACCUGACUAGAUGUAGCUGCACGCAUCUUUGUUUUCCCUGCAAAUCUCGAUCUGUUGCUCUUCUUGCUGUUUGGCCGCUGAUGCCAAGGAAGAAAAUAUUCUUCCUGUAAAGAGGCCGAAACUGAGCAAGGGCACAUCAAGAUAUGUAGGGUAUACAAAGAAAAAGAAAUGUCAUGGUCGUUUCAGCAGCUCACGACAGCCAACACGCUCCAUCGUGUCGGGAUUGGAAGUAUCCAGCACGGCUGUUCCGAGCGCUGCUGCUCUUGUUAUUAUUCUUCUUCAGAAAUUCUGCACACCUUGUUGGCCCAAGUACGCGCGCGCGCGUGCACAGAAAAUAGAUGCGCUGAGCCGUUUCUUGUUCGAUUUUGACAAAUAAUGGCUUGUUGUUUUGCUCUCGACCUUGGCUAUCCUUUUACCGUUCAAUAUUUUGCGGAAACGCAACGGCUCCCCUGGUUUUUUAGCCGAACUUUGGCCAAAGUUACUGGAAACCCGGAACUCGUUUGAAAAAAUACGAACGGUGGAAGUCUUGGAACGUCUUUCGUGCGUGUGGAUUCAAAAAUUCAGGCAGUUUGAGCCAACCGUAAUGAAUCCCGUAGAGUUGAAAGUGAGUGAUAUUGAUGGUAAAAUGCGAUUUAAGCACUGACCGAUUGUGUGGUACAGUAUAUGCACGCGCCUGUCACGUGCAUGAUGUAGCUGGCGACGCUAGCAUGCCAAUCCGUGAACCCUAAAUUUAGAUGUCUACAGUAAACAUUACAGCGUGUCGUACAUUUGAUUGGUUGAACUAUGCAGUGACU